AUGGGCAGCAGAACCCGACUGAAUCUCGAUUUUAAUGCCAUACAACAAGUGCAACCGCCAGCGUAAGUUUUGAGGGUUUUUUGAAAUUUUUUUUGAAUUUUUUUUUGAAAAUUUUUUGGAAAUUUUGAAUUGGAGCCCCCAAAAAUUUGGCCAUUGUGUUCUCAAUAGGCCACGUAUGAAUCUCUAAAAAUUUUCGUUCACAAUUUAUCUUGCAGCAUGAAAUAUUCAACGGUGUUUUUUGCGAGAGAGCACGUGAAAAGAAGAGAGUCGGUCAUUCAAAAAAACGUUUUUUAGCGAUCCUUUUCUCCGCUCUUGCACCAAAAAAAUAAAUUUUUUUGCUGAAGGUUUUACACACAAUUAUAAUGAACCUUGAUUUUUUCAUGUUCAAAAUCGAAAGUAAAAAUUUAAGAUUGUUUCUGCAAAGCGCGAGUUAAAAAUUUUGUUUGUGCCUUUCAAAGCUAUGGUCUAAAUGUCUCCGUAAUUUUAUCAAAAUCUGACGACAUUUUUCCAAAGAUUUUAUAGCAUGAUUUUGGAUAGGGGAAAUUUUUUUUCAAAAUUUUGAAAAUGUUGGAAAUUAGAGCUAUGACUAGAUUACUUGACAAUAUUUUAGUUGAUUGUCUAAUUUUUCAGUGAAACCCUCUCCACCACUCCAGGGCAACUUCAAUUUUCCCCCGACGUUUCCUGCUCGGUGACUUCGAAUGAUCUGGUGGAGGAAGCGGUGAUUGGACAAGGAAAUUAUGGGGGGAUCGUCACCAGGAUGUUCCAUCGACAAACUGGAAAUGUCAUGGCUGUUAAGGUAAGAAUUUUCUUUUUUGAAAAAAUUUCAAAAUUGAAUUUUUUUUUAAAUUAAAAUUUUUUUAAAAUAAAUUUGAAUUUUCAGCGAGUCCGAGCCAAUGGAAUCAACGCCGACGAGCGCGAGAAAAUGCUGAGAGAGCUGAAAAUCAUCAUCGAAGUACAGAAUUGCCCAGACAUUGUGAGGUUUUAUGGCGCACUGUUUCAAGAUGUAAGUCAGAAGUGUAAAAAAAUGGUAAAAUACGAAUCCAGUACUGAAACGUUUAAAAAUUUUGACUGUUUGCACUAAAAAUGAUAUUUGAAUUAAAAUUUUUGAAAAAAAAUUAUAUUAUACUAGCAAUUUUUGGCUACUAAUAUACGUUUUUUCCCCCCAAAAAUGAAUUUCCAGGGUGACUGUUGGAUUUGCAUGGAGCUUUUGGACUGUUCACUUGACAAAUUCUACAAAGAAGUCUACAAAAACAACGAGAAACUCCCGGAAAAAGCGGUCGGAUUUGUAACGGCGUCGGUGGUUCGUGCCCUCAGCUACUUAAAAAAGGAACUCAAUAUAAUCCAUCGUGAUGUCAAACCCUCAAAUAUGCUGUUGGAUCGGAAGGGUUACGUCAAGUUGUGUGAUUUCGGAAUCAGCGGGUAUUUGGUGGAUUCCAUCGCGAAAACUCAAGAUGUCGGCUGUCAAAUUUAUAUGGCGGUAAGACAAAGAUUUGCGCAAAGUAUUCCUGGCGUAUUUUACAAAAUAUUUAGGCUUAUUUUUCGAUAAUUGGUUUUAGAAUUUGCUUAGAAAAAAAAUUAUUUUAUAAUGAUUUUUGAUAAUAAAAAAAUUCAAAGCCGAUUUUUCUAUUGGUAAAUUUGUCCCGUUUUUUGCAAAAAGAACCUUUUUAAAGGUCCUUUAAAAAGGCAAGAAGCGUUUAGAAACAAUUAUUUGAAAUUUACGUAUUUUACCAUCAGAAAUCCCUCGGAUAUCAUCAAUCCAUCUUUUUUUACCGGUCCUUUUUCGACGGGAGACUAUUGACAAUGAGGAGAGAUGAUGAUAAAAAAUUAUGUUUUCACUCUUUGGCUUUUUCCUGGCAUUUUUAGUGGUGAUUUUCCAAUCCAUAUUUAGCAUAAAAUUGUAUUUUUUCAAGAGAAAAAAUAAAAAAAAUCGAUUUUUUUUUUGUAAAUUUCGACCCAAAAAAUCUCGCUGACUUCGGCAACGCACAAGUUAAAAAUCUCAAAUCUUUCAUCGGAAAUUCUCUCAAUUUUAAUUUUCUUAAUUCUUUUAACUAUAAAUAUAAAAGAUUACCCCGUAUUUUACCCUCCAUUUUUCAGCCCGAACGUCUCUCCGAACGGAAGUAUGGGAUCCGUUCCGACAUCUGGUCUCUGGGCAUUUCACUUGUCGAAAUUUGCAUCGGCCGUUUCCCUUACGUCGGCUGGAAUACGGUGUUUGAUCAACUGCAGUCUGUUGUGAAUGGUGAUCCGCCCUAUCUUCGAGCGGGCGAUUACUCCGUGGAUCUCUGCGAUUUUGUAAACCAAUGGUAAGGAGGGCUGUUUGAGACCAAAAUUUGGCCUUUUUUCGAAAUUUUCUAAAAUUUUUUUGUCAAAUUUUGAUGAGACUUGGAAAAACAUAAUUUUUAGACCUCAAAAUUUGCAAAAAAGACUUUUUUUGCGAUAUUCUGGAUGAUUACUGGAAAGCGCGGGCUACAAAAUGAAAAAAAAAUCUUUUUAAUUAUUUUUUUUCCCAAAAAAUCAAAAAAAUUUUUUUCCAAAUUUCAGCCUAAUAAAAGACCCUCAACAUCGGCCCAAUUUCGACGAACUCACGAAUCAUAUCUUCUUCAAAACCCACAACCGCACAGAUAUCGGCGAACUGGCCCAACAACGCCUCGACUUUGGCGCCUAUGUGGAGAAGUUUGUGGAGAACGCGCAGAAAUUGUAA